AUGUUCGGUCUCCGGCCUUGUCAAGCCUUGACUUGCGUUCUCCUUGUCUGCUCGUCCGCAUUCGCCUUUCUCACAAACACUUCAUCUCUCCUCGAUGCCAUUCCCUGGCGAACAGGAAACCAUCGAGUAGACACUCUGGUCCAACGACUUACGCCCUCAGAGAAAGUCUCCCUACUCCAUGGUCAUCCCGAUCCAGCGGACCAGAAUCAAGCAGGCUAUGUCCCUCCAGUACCACGACUGGGAAUACCUCGCGCGCGUCUUUGCGACGGCGAAGCCGGCAUAAAUGUCGUGGAAAAUGCAACCGCAAUACCAGUGCAGAUCAACGUAGCUGCCACCUGGGACAAGUCCGCGGCAUACGCAGCUGGAUACAUAAUAGGCCGUGAAGCCCGUCUGCUCAAGCAAGACAUAGCACUCUCACCAAGAGUCAACAUCCUUCGGGACCCUGUGACUGGAAAUUUCUGGCAAUCAUACUCCGAAGAUCCAUUCUUGAAUGCACAGCUAGGCGUAGCGGCCGUCAAUGCCAUCCAGUCGCAGGGGACAAUGGCAGAUCCCAAGCAAAUAGGCCCUUCUUCAACUGGCGCAAGCGCAGGAGACACCAAUUCCAUCGUGGACUUGCAAACAUUGCACGAAGUCUACUGGUCCGCCCCUGGAGCCUUGCUGAAAGCAGGCGCAGCAACCGUCAUGUGCUCAUACGCGCAAAUAAAUGGCAUCCCGGCUUGCCAGUAUGAGCCGUUAUAUGACGCCGUGAGGAGGGUGUACAACAGCUCCGCAAUUAUGAUUUCCGAUUGGGAAGCGACCCACAGCCUCACGGAAACCAUUGUUGCGGGCAUGGAUUGGGAGAUGCCGACGGGGACCUGGUACGACUCAUUUUAUGACGCGGUUUAUGUGGCCAAGAACCUCUCAGAAACGUACUUGGAUCGAUCCUUGGGCAGAAUUCUGGAGAAGUACGAUCGUUUCGAGAUGCUGGAUCGGGGCACUAUUUCUCUUCAAACGGACCCUUUGGCGGCGACGGUCGUCGAAGAAGAUGCGAGGAUUGCGUAUGACAUUGCCGUCAAGUCCGGUGUGCUUUUGAAAAACGACGGUGGAGUACUUCCUGUGUCAAAGGAGAGCUCAUUCGCCGUGAUUGGUCCUAAUGGUCUGCAGUAUUCGCACGGCACAAACUUCGCCGAGCGAGCAUAUGGAAUUCCAGACAGGCAGGUGUCUCCUAUCGAUGCCAUUCGAGCACGGACCGGGAGGACGGACAUUCCCACAGCAGUUGGCAUCGACCAAGAAGGGACAAUUAUUCCAUCUAGCGCUUUGACCACUCUGAACGGCAACACAGGACUCUCUCGCAACGACACGUUGGGUCGCUACGCAGUGGACGCUCAGAUUGACUUCGAUGGCGAAUCAGCGCUCCCGAGAAACGCGUCGUACGAGUGGCAAGGACAUCUGAAUGCUCCAACAUCGGGACAUUAUACCAUCUCGCUCCAACGGAAGAUGCCAGAGAUUGUAGGCUACAGCAGCGCCGACUAUGGCGACGUGUUUUCGAUUGGCAGUCUUUCAAUCAAUGGCUCCUCGAUCGCCUCCGGAUAUCGAACCCUGCUGGAUGGAGGUGUUCGACCUAUCAGCAAUUCCAUUACCACUAGAGCUGGCUGGGAUAUCAUCAAGGGCUAUGUGUACCUUUCCGCUGGCCGACAUAGGUUUUCUGCUGGUAUUGUCGGUUUGCUGCAGCAGCCAAUUUCGCUUCGUCUAGCUUGGGUAACGCCUGAGCAACGAGAGAGAAAUAUCCAGGAUGCUGUAGCUGCAGCCAAGUCCUUCGAGACGCCCAUCGUUUUCGCCUUUGCCAACAGCCCCGCACAAAUAGGAAUGACACUCGACGAUGGGCAAGAUGAGCUCGUCACCAGGGUAGCAGCCGUCAAUCCCAAAACGGUUGUCGUAUUGAACAAUGCGGAGCCUGUGACUAUGCCGUGGCUUGAGUCCGUCUCUUCAGUCCUCGAAAUGAUGUACGCCGGCCAAGAAGGCGGCUGGGCCACGGCAGAUCUGCUUUUUGGAAAUCACUAUCCUCAGGGCCGGCUUCCUGUCACGUAUCCAAAAAGCGUGAACCAAACAGUGACACGGAACCCUUACUACCCCGGCCGUGUUGAUACCGAGGACGGAAAUGCCACCUUCAGCGAGGGUGUCAAUUCGGGCUAUAGGUGGUACAAGCACAUUGACUGCCCUGUGCUUUUCCCCUUUGGAUAUGGUCUGACGCUCACGACCUUCGAAUACAGUGAUCUUGCAGUCCACACAGCAAAGGUGCCGUCCAAGCCCGGUAAGUGGCAGUCACCAAAGACAGAGAAUCCUUACCAGUACAUCUUUACCGUGUCUUUCACUGUGGCCAACACUGGAGACAAAGUUGGUGUCGAAGUUCCGCAGAUCUAUAUUGGGCCGCCUUUGGACGCAAGCCACACAUAUCCUGGCGUCCAGUUCCCCUCGAUAUUACUUGCAGGAUUCGAUAACCUGAGGAUCGAGCCCGGGCAGAGACUGGUAUCGAACGUUAGCAUAUCGGUCAGGCAGCUAAGUUUCUACAGCGUAGAAAGUGGACUAUUUGAGUUAGCAACAGGAGAAAGAGACGUCUGGGUGGGCAAAAAUGUCGAUGACAUCGUUCUGUCUGGAACCGUCAAGCUGUAG